AACUUAGAAGAGGAAACAAAAACGGAACUCAAAAAAUUAAAAAAUAAACUAAAAAGAAUACAACAAAAAAUAUGUUUCAAGUCCGCGUUGUUGUUCCUUCUCAACCCUUCAACACCACCGCGCUGUCUCUCUUUCUCUCUCCUCAUUCAACCCUAAUUCGCAUCAAUUUCUCCCUCCAAUUCCCUGUUUCCCCACCGAUCUUCAUCCCUAAACCCCUAAUUUCUGCUCGAUUUCCAGUCUUUGAUCGAAUUCCGAUCCUUUUCCCCUUUCUUUUGACCUAAUCUGAGGUUUUGUUGUUCUUGUUGCGGGGAGGAGCUGCUCCUGCUGUUCGUCGAAAAAAGGGGUUGGUUCGAUUUGAAUAAGUGGUGAUGGAGUACGAUCUUUCCGAUAGCAGUGGAACGGAUGAUGAUCUUCCACCACCUCAUCAAAAUAGAUUUGCUAGAAACGCACGCGUAGCUGGGAAUGGAAGAUCCGCAGUUGCUGCCUCUGCCCCAUAUCCAAGGAUGCCGAAUAAUGACAUGGAAACGCAAAUUCAUAUUAUUGAACAGGACGCGUACUGUUCUGUAUUGCGGGCUUUCAAGGCUCAAUCCGAUGCUAUUUCUUGGGAGAAAGAAAGUUUGAUAACAGAACUAAGGAAAGAGCUGAGGGUAUCAGACGAGGAACACAGAGAGCUCCUAUCACGGGUCAACAAUGAUGAUAUGAUCCGGAGAAUAAGGGAGUGGAGACAAACAAAUGGACAAUCAGGGAUGAUUAGCUCUUCGCAACCUGUUCAUGAAUCUGUACCAAGUCCAACUGUUUCAGCAUCACGUAAGAAACAGAAAACAGGGCAGUCAGUGUCGGCAUUAUCUGUUGGUGCACCUUCUCCGACCUUGCAUCCGCACUCAUCCAUGCAACCAUCUUCAUCAAAUUUGAAACGAGCCCCUCCUCCAGGAGCACGAGCCAAGAAACCCAAACCAUCUUUGCCGUACCCUUCAACUGCUCCCCCAGGAAGGCCUCAGGUUGCCAAUCGUAGCUCAUCUGGUACCUUUGUUGCUAAUGAUCCUGAGGAUGCUAAGAAGAUCGGGAAAAAAGUGUGGACAAGGUGGCCAGAAGAUAACAAUUUCUACGAGGCAGUAAUAACAGACUUUAAAGAGGGCCGGCAUGCUUUAGUUUAUGAUAUGAAUACAGCAAGUGAAGCAUGGGAGUGGGUUAAUCUUAAAGAGAUAUCCGAUGAAGACAUAAAGUGGGAGGGUGAGGAUUCUGGAGUUUCUCAUAGAGGUGGUGGUCGAACUGGUCAAGGUCGUGGUUUUAAGAAGUCUUCUUCAGCCCGUGGUGGGGCUGUUGCUGGUGCAGGAAGAGGUCGUGGUACCUUGAAGGGCCAACCCAAGAAGGAUUUACUUAUGCCCCAAAAUGGUAUUGGAAGAAAAGGAUUAGGAGAGAUUGAAUUACUUCAUACUGAUAAUCUAAUUAAAGAGGUUGAGAAAGUUUUUAGUGCUAAUCACCCUGACCCAAUGGAGGUUGAGAAAGCCAAAAGAGUGUUAAAAGAGCAUGAACAAGCAUUGAUGGAUGCUAUUUCUAGGCUUCAGGAUGCAUCUGAUGGUGAAAGUGAUGGUGGAGAGCCGAAUCGUCCAUUCUCACAAUCACAAGGACAGUCAAUGGACCGAGAGCAAGGGUGGAGGAAACGGCAGUAUGAUGAAUUGGGAGGAGAAGGCGGCGGUGGUGGUGAUAAAGGCCGAGUUGCCUCGGAAAAGAAGCAAGAAGCUUAGCCUUGUGUAAUACCCUAAUAUUGGCAAAUGCCAGAUUAUUGUACCAUUGUCCAGUUAGAAUUAUAGGUGAUCUUUAGGGGGGCAGUAGGUAGUAGUGGGAGGUGUAGAUUUUUGUACUAAUACUAUCUCAGUUAUGUAUUUUAACCAAAAACAAUAGAAGCUUGUUCAUGUAAAUUUGUCAGAUUGGUAAAUUAUAUAGGAUUGUUUUAGUAAUUCA